AACGAGAUUACGCCGCAUAGAAAUUCUAAGAUAUUUUGUUCUUGCGUGGAAACAAAAAAGACAGGGAAAUCAAGAUGCCGACUGACGUUGAUACACUCAUGGAAAUGGGAUUUCCAAGGAAUAGAGCGGAAAAAGCUCUUGCAAAAACUGCCUAUAAAGGGGUUCAAAAUGCUAUGGAUUGGUUAUUUGCUCACAAUGAUGAUGCAGACAUUGAUGACCCUUUUGAAGUGCCUGCAGGAAAAACCCUUGGAACUAGUGAAAGUGAUUCUGGUGCUGCUAGUGGAGACUCCAAGCCUGCUGGGGAAACACCUGCAGAACCAGUUCAAGUCAAAUCAAUAAAGUGUGAUGAAUGUGGAAAGAAGUUAAGAACCCCAGAAGAUAUUCAGGUGCAUGCUGGAAGAACAGGCCAUCAGAGCUUCUCAGAAUCAACAGAAGAGAUCAAGCCACUCACAGAAGAGGAAAAGAAGGAACAGCUUGCAAAGUUACAAGAGAGACUAAAACAGAAACAAUUAGAAAGGGUAGCAAAAGAGAAGCAGGAAGUCUUGGACAAGGAGAAAAUGAGACGGAAACAAGGCAAGCAAAUGGUGCAAGCAAAACAACAGCAUGACAUAGAUGAGGCCAAACUACUAGCAGCUAAGAAAAAGAAAGAAAAGAAUGAGGAAAAACUUGCAAGGCAGAGAGUGAAGGAACAGAUUGCAUGUGACAGGGCAGAUAGAGCUGCUAGAGCUGCUAUGAAACAUGAGGGGGUUCCCCCUGCUCAGCCCCCUGCAGCACCAGCACCAGCACCAGUUCCAGCUACAAGCUCUACAGCACCCAAAAAGGAGUAUGACACAACUAGGUUACAAGUUCGUCUUAGCAAUGGAAGUACCAUCACCCAGUCCUUUGGAGCGAUGGAACCUCUUGCUGCAGUACGUGUGUACAUUGAACUAAACAGGACGGACGGACAGACAGGUGCCUUCUCUCUCAUGACCCCAUUCCCUAGGAAGGUCUUCACGUCAGAAGACAUGGAAAAACCUCUCAAGGAACUAGGUUUAGUACCUUCUGCUGUGCUGACGAUUACCAGACCUCAAUGAUACUCCUCCUCAUCUUCAUGUAAACCUCCUCUACAUCGUAAUUAAUUCAGGGUUUGGGACUCUGAUGUCAUCUAAAGAAGUGGGCCAUGUAUUAUAAAGCCUUUUUAUUGAUUGUAAGGUUAAUAUUGAGCGUAAGUCUAUGGCUCAUGGUAUAUUUAUCACACUUAAGAUCGAUCAUUACUCUUUAUAAUACGUAGCCCAGUGGGCAGGGCUCAGUCAUGUUUCUUUCAAUUUGUUUUGAUUCAUAUUGCAAUACAAUGAUCCUUAUCAUGUUCAGAGCAGUGUAAUAAUUAGAUGUUAUCUAGAGUUUGUGUUCUGAUACAAGGUAAAUAUCCACAGCAUCGAACCAUUUUACAGGUAGCGUAGCAAAAUGAGGUGGCACGAAUAGAUUUUAGAACACCUGAAGGUAAAAGCUAUUGAUGAGGGUGAAUUAAAAAUCCUAAUUUGACAUAUUUGAAUGAAAGUUUAGGUAAGCCUAAUCAGGGUUUUACUUGUAUUUACCAGCUCCAUAUCCUAAUGAGGUCGCUACUGUUAUUUUUCUGUAAUGAAGUUAUGGUUUUUUUACAAGCAUUUUGCAUUCCAAACCCAUCUUUUUGUACUAGUUUACAAAGUUUUGUUCUCAGCUACAUAUUAAACGACAACUCCUGUACACAUUUUGGGGUAAAGUAUGUGAAAUAGCUAAGCAAUAAGCCUAGUAUUUAUUAUUGCGGGUGAAUAUGUUUUCUUUACUAAUCAAUAUUUAGAGCGCAGAAUUUUCUCUCUUUUUUAAACCAUAAAGGAAAAAUCGUAAAAUGGCUGUGCCAAAGGAUUGUAGAGCAUAUUAAUGAUAAAAGAUCCAAGAAACAUUAUAUGUGGUGAGACAGUUUUGUGAAGCAGCUAUUGUUAUUGUAUGUAACUGAAAGAUGAAAAAUUAAAAUGUAAAUUAAAAUUUAGAAUUAAACAUAUUUUUCAGG